AUACAUAUAUACAUACAUGGAUAUUUCAUGCAUGGGAAGUAGUAGAGAACCAUGAAAUGUAUACAAGCAAAGGUAAGCAGCUGCAAAGGGACCUUUCCCAGCUCAUUUGGCUGAACUCAUGUAAUAAAUCCUAAUCAUAUACACGCAGUUUGUUCAAUUUUAAGGCCAAAACGUCCCGAAUCAACUCAUCUAAAACUCCAUACCCUUUUCAACUCAUAUAUAUAUAUAUAUAUACUCUUCUCUCUUAUAAUAAUUUCAUCUCAUCACAAAUAACAACUCUUCUCUUUCUCUCAAUUAAAUUGCUUUGAAGCCAAGAAUGACAGCCAUGAACGCUUCCCACAUGGCUGUUAUUUUUGGCAUUCUUGGUAACGCAGUGUCCUUCGUUGUCUAUCUAGCCCCACUGCCAACGUUCUACAGAAUUUGGAGCAAGAAGUCCACCGAGGGGUUUCAAUCUAUACCAUAUUCAGUAGCAUUAUUUAGUGCUAUGCUGACCCUAUACUAUGGUUUUCUCAAGACCAAUGGCUUCAUGAUCAUUACUAUCAAUUCUGUUGGUACAGCCAUAGAGACCAUUUAUCUCAUUGUCUACCUCAUAUAUGCCUCAAGAGCAAUCAGGAUUUAUACAUUUAAGCUUGUGAUUCUGUUCAACAUUGGAGCUUAUGGAUUGAUCUUAGUAUCUACUUCCCUCAUAAUCCCAAACCGUUCUCAUCGUGUCACAGCUGUUGGGUGGAUUUGUGCAGUGUUUUCUGUUUGUGUUUUUGCUGCUCCUCUUAGUAUUAUGAGAAUUGUGAUUAAAACAAAGAGUGUGGAAUACAUGCCUUUUGCUUUAUCAUUCUCCUUGACAUUAUGUGCUGUUAUGUGGUUCUUCUACGGUCUUUUAGUAAACGAUUUAUUUAUUGCGUCACCAAACAUCUUAGGAUUCAUAUUUGGAAUCGCUCAAAUGAUAAUCUACCUCGUUUACAAAAAUGCCAAGAAAGAUGAGUUGCCACAGUUUAAAUUACAAGAGUUAUCAGCAAACGACGUCGUUCGGGAGAGAACGACAGAAGAAGAGGCCACCACCACAACUAUUGCUAUUGUCAGUGUUAUUAAUAGUAAUGAAUCUGGAGUCGUAUGAUAUCGAUAGUGCUGGCCCUAAGUUAUUAAUAAUUAAUAACUCAAAUUUGAGAUUUGGUGUGUGAAAUGUCUAUUUUGAUUAUAUAUAUUAUGUAAGUUUAAGAUGAAGAUGGGAGAAGGGUCUAUAUAUAUAUAAAUUGGGAGCAUAUAUAUAUAGACUGUAAUCUUAUUUGUUGAGUUUAAUUAAGAUAUAUAUGCUGUGGUUUUCAUUUUUGGAA